AUGGGGAGACUCUCAGCACUGGUCGACAAAUUGUCGUUGAGAGAUGAACAUGGCCAGAUAGUCUCUGCCUUUUACAAUGAGGAUAUUCGACCUCUACCACCAAGUCGUCGCACAUGGACCGGCCUCACAUACUUCUCCUACCAGUGCAGUGUGGGCGUCAUCAUUGCUCUCUGGUCACUUGGUUCAAGCCUUCUCGCCUUUGGACUGAAUGCAUGGCAAUGUAUCAUCCUGGUCAUCUGCGGAUAUGCGGUCGUUGGCGUUCUUACUGCAGUCGGGUCUGAAGUUGGAGGCCGAUGGCACAUCAACUUCCCUGUCGCGAGCAGGGCAAGCUGGGGCAUACGAGGUUCAGUGUUCCCAGUCCUCAACCGCACGGUCCUCAAUAUCACUUGGUUCUCCAUCGAAUCGUGGUUUGGUAGCAUGUGUGUCAAGGUAACCAUCGGUGCACUGUGGCCAUCCUUUUACAACAUGAAAAACACCUUCUCGACGUCCCUGCCAAUGGAGACCAACGACUUUGUUGCAUGGUUCAUAUUCACCUUCUUUUGUAUGUUUGGCGUCCUGGUUCGACCUGAGGUGUUCCACUGGCCUGCAGUUGUAACAUCUUGCUCCAUGUUCAUCACUUCGCUCGCCAUGAUGGCGUGGUUUGUGAACAAAGUCGGAGGCCCCGGGCCCCUCUUCAAGUCCACGACGGCUCUGACUGGUGUUGAACCGAGCACCGGACCGCACUUGGCUUGGAUGGCUGUCCGGGGUUUCAGCACUGUUAUCGCCAGUCAAGCCACCGGAGUGAUCGGCUACGCAGACUGGGGUCGCUUUGCAAAGACAACCAACGCUCAGCGAUUUCCUCAGGCUCUUGGUAUGGCGCUGGCGGACUCAUACGUGGCUAUUAUCGGAAUCAUCUGUGCAUCUUGUGGCGCCGCCCUCUACCCGGAAGCAGGCCUCCUCUGGAAUCCCGCAGUCUUGCUGACUCAAAUUCAACAACACGGGCCUCCUUCCACCCGGGCUGCUGUCUUCUUUGCCUCGAUUCCUCUCUUGGCAUCUCAGUUUCUAAUCACGGUGACUGGCGCGGCGGUGGCAGGUGGAAUUGACCUGGCUGGCAUUGUGCCAAAAUUCCUCGACCUUCGACGCGGAGCAUGGGUUGUCUGCAUUGUUGGAAUCUUGGCGCAGCCAUGGCAGCUCGCUAAUACCAGUACCAAAUAUGUUGCGGUAAUGGGGUCAUACUCCAUUUUCCUGGCUCCGCUUACUGGUAUUCUCCAUUGCGACUAUUACCUCGUACGAAAGCAGCGGUUGUCCUUGAGAGACUUGUACACUCCGAGCGCAACUUCCUCCUACUGGUUCUUCCACGGGGUAAACUGGCGAGCAGCAGUCAGCUUCUGCAUUGGCUUCUUCUCGUUCGUCCCAGGCUUUGUGCAUACCGUCACCCCGUCUAUCAAGGUCUCGGCAGGCUGGUCCCAUAUCUUCUAUCUGAGCUAUCCGGUAGGAUAUUUAGGAACGGCGGCCGUGUACUACACCCUGAACCAUUUCUUUCCACCUGAUGAAUUGGGCAAAGUGGAUGAGUAUGACUAUUACCAGACAUUUACCCCAAGCGAAAAGCCACCGUUCGGCAUUAUCAUGGGUCUGCCUCCGGCUUCAAAUGCGACGUCCGAGCAGAAUUUGCAGUCCAAAAAAACCGAAGAAGUCGUUGAAGCAAGACUAGUCUAG